AUGAAGCGCCCGCAGACGCUGCCAUCGCUACCGACGUCCCUGUCGUUCCCGAGCUCACCACCGCCGCAAGUGUCCAAGUAUGUCGUCGGCGUGUGUGCCAUGGAGAAGAAGACGCGGUCGAAGCCCAUGCAGGAGAUUCUCCACCGUCUUCAGAAGAAGCGGCAGUUCGACGUGCUCGUGUUUGACGACGACACGAUCCUCCAUCGCCCUCCGCACUUGUGGCCCGUGUGCGACGCGCUCAUUUCCUUCUACUCGACAGGCUUUCCCCUGCAAAAGACCGAAGAGUACGUUCGACUAGUGCGCCCUGUACUGGUCAAUGAGCUAAGUAUGCAGCAUGUGCUCUUUGACCGCCGUAAAGUCUACGCGCUGCUCACGCGUCACGGCAUCCAAGUCCCUCGCCACAUUAUCGUGAACCGCGACCUGCCCGAGGGCGCGCAGCAAGACGAGCUCAUUGAGCACGACAAUUACGUGGAGAUUAACAACGUGCGGAUCAACAAACCGUUCGUCGAGAAGCCAGCAGACGCCGAGGACCACAACGUGUACAUUUACUAUCCCACAAGUGCCGGGGGAGGCAGCAAGCGGCUGUUUCGAAAGGUCGGCGACCGCUCGAGUGAGUUCUACCCACAUGUGAAUCACGUGCGACGGGACGCUUCGUAUAUUUACGAAGAGUUUCUGAAUACACAGGGGACGGAUGUCAAGGUGUAUACAGUGGGCUCGAGCUACGGCCACGCCGAAGCGCGCAAGUCGCCAGUGCUUGACGGUCGCGUCGUACGUGACUCGGCUGGGAAGGAAGUGCGGUAUCCAGUGAUUUUGAACGCGACGGAGAAGGAGAUGGCACGGAAAGUGUGCUUGGCGUUCCAUCAAACAGUGUGUGGCUUGGAUCUCCUGCGUGUACGCGGCAGCUCGUACGUUUGCGACGUGAACGGCUGGAGCUUUGUGAAGAACUCGAAGAAAUAUUACGAUGAUUGUGGGCUGAUCUUGCACAAUUAUCUGGUUUCGGCUCUGAGGUCGAGGUACUUUCGACAACGUCGAGCGAAUUCACUUAACUCAGUGGGUCUGCAAAUGUGUCCACAGUACGCAACGGAGCCUAGUCUCUUGGAUAGCGGAACUCCGGAAUGGCCUCAUCCUCGACUGAGGUCGGGCUCUGACGUGUCUGAGUCGAGUCUAGCCAGUGCUAGUAGUGCCAGCUUGCCUGACGAGAAACGCGAAGAGUUACGCUGCGUCAUUGCCGUGGUACGUCAUGGCGAUCGCACACCGAAACAGAAACUGAAGACUCAUGUCUGGGAAAGAGAUCUUGUAGCUUUUUACGAAAAGCGGCAGAGCGGAGACAAGUACGACGAGGUGAAGGUAAAGUCAGUUGCCGAUCUUCAGGAGCUACUAGACCUAGUGCGUAGCCUCAUCAAGGCGUAUGCCCCCGGCGUCGGCUCGAUGAAUACAGCGUGGGAAAUCGAGGGUGGGGACAGUUUCGAGAAGCUGCUUCAAAUGAAGCGCGUGCUAGAGCGGUGGAAAUUUGCAGGUAUUAACCGCAAGGUGCAAUUUAAGCCUCACAAGAACUUUGCGACUGCCGCUACUGCGUUCGCAGAUGCCCCCGAAGGAUGUGAACGACCAAAGGUGCUCAUGAUAUUAAAAUGGGGAGGGGAUGUAACAGAACGAGGCAAGCAGCAGGGUGAAGCACUUGGUCAGUCAUUUCGAAACAGUCUUUACCCUGUUGACGUGGAAGAAGGGGGUCUGCUCCGCUUGCACUCGACGUUUCGCCACGACUUAAAGAUCUUUACGUCGGACGAAGGCCGCGUGCAAAUGACUGCAGCUGCAUUCGCGAAAGGUUUCUUGGAGCUCGAAGGAGACCUGACGCCAAUCCUUGUAAGCCUCGUCACCACGCUUGGAAGAGAUGCCAAUAAAAUGCUGGAUCACUCUGGUCAAGCUGACGCUACAGACGAGAUGCAGGUUAUAAAAGCCAAGCUAACGGCGUUGCUACAGCGUGACUUCUCUUCUAUCGACGAAAUGAAGGCUGCAAUUGCACCUUUGAAGACCGAGUCGAUAAUGCAAGCGUUGGACAUCAUAAAGAGUCCGAAAGAGGCGUUGGUUCGUCUUCUGGAAUUGGUUCGAAAGCUUCGAGGCGAAAUCGCUGAACGCGUGCACGAUAAGCAGGCUGACGAGGUAACUCCUUUGUACAUGGGUGAAACGUUCUCGCUUAUGUUUGAGCGCUGGGAUAAGAUAUUCCGUGACUUUUACUCGACCAAGACAGACACUUUCAACCUGAGCAAGAUUCCCGACGUGCACGACUGCAUCAAAUAUGACCUGCUCCACAACGCGAGCGUCGGUUGGAAGUGUGGUCCCGAUCUUUACCGGCUGGCUGAAGCUCUGGCGCGAUGCUACGUCUCACAAGAAUAUGGUAUGGACAUUGCGGAGAAGCAGUCAAUCGGCAAUCGUGUGUCGCAGGCGCUUUGUGCAAAGAUUCGCGCCGACAUUGUCACAGUCAUGUCAUCUUCCGUUCACGGGCAGCCUUCAUCACCGUCAUCGAGGAGUCUCACUGGAAAUAACGACGAUGCUGCUGAUGAAAAUAUGGAUGACAUUGCAGACCAGGAUAUCGAGCAUCAUGGCUAUCGAUUGGAUCCUUCUUACGCGAAAGAGCUGCGAAUUAAGAGCCCCGAUACGCAAAUUCGCACGCGUCUUUAUUUUACCAGCGAAAGUCACAUGCACACGCUGCUGAAUGUGCUACGUUUUCAGUGCCCAUCUUGGCGCGCACGAAUUCACGAUCGCGACGAGUACGACGAGUACGAUAUUUCUCUCGAGCAGGAAGAGUUCAGCAACGAGAUUUUGAAACGUAUGGGUAUCAAUGUGAACGAUCACAUGACGCAACGCAAGUACGUGUUCUGCGAGUCCAAGCUCCUCUCGGAAAGUAGUCGGCGUGCACUAGACCGUAUAGCGGAAAUCAAUUACCUCGCGCACAUCGUCAUUCGCGUGUUUGAAACACUGUCACUGCCGGAAGACAGCGAAGACCGUUUUCGCGUGGAAAUCUCGUUCUCUGCGGGCGUAAAUGAUAGGCUAGCGGAAACUGCCGUUGGCGCCGACAAAGCGCACGACACGAUUUACCUCACGAAGAACAUGACGGGCGUCAUGUUGGAAGACAUGCUGGCAGCUUGUGUCUCGUCGGUUCAGUGCACCUCUAUUUAA